UUCCUGCGCUUAGAAGGGCUUUUGGCCAUGGCGAGGCCUUUCUUAUGAGAAGCGGGACCUAGCAGGGAAGCACCGAGCGGGCCGGAGGUGCUGCCAGGCCGCGCUCGAUGGGAGUGGGCCGGGAGGCGGCUCUGAGUCUCUGGCCUUCGCACUGUCCCCUCAAAAAACAUACCAACGGGCGGCAAACGUGGCUGACCUCGGGUUUUGGUUCCGCAGUUGUUCAGUGUAACGUGGCCUGCAAAGAGCUUGCAGAAGAGGCAACAGGUUUCUGCUGCCCUCACCUUGACUUGCGUGAUUGCAGUCUGAAGGUGGUGGAGCUCCAGCUGCCAUCAAGCCACUUCGCUGUGUGACUGAGCGAGAGAUGCAGCCCAGCGUGGCCAAGGACGGACUUGCCUGUCUCUCUGGGCAUGGUAGUGACAAGUUAUGGCUAUUAAGCAUUCAUCUGAACAUCUCUUUCCCAGCCACUGGCUGCCAGAAACUCAUUGAAGUGGAUGAUGAGCGCAAGCUGAGAACGUUCUAUGAAAAACGGAUGGCCACGGAGGUCGCGGCUGAUUCUCUUGGCGAGGAGUGGAAGGGCUAUGUUGUCCGGAUCAGCGGUGGCAAUGACAAACAAGGCUUCCCCAUGAAGCAAGGUGUCCUGACACAUGGACGUGUCCGCCUUCUGCUCAGCAAGGGCCACUCCUGCUAUCGACCCAGAAGAACUGGAGAGAGGAAACGCAAAUCUGUUCGUGGUUGCAUUGUUGAUGCCAACUUGAGUGUUCUGAACUUGGUCAUCGUGAAAAAGGGUGAAAAGGAUAUUCCUGGGCUGACAGACACCACUGUGCCCCGUCGUCUUGGUCCCAAGAGGGCUAGCAAAAUCCGCAAGCUGUUCAACCUGUCCAAGGAGGAUGAUGUUCGCCAGUAUGUUGUGAGGAAGCCUCUGAACAAAGAAGGCAAGAAACCCAGAACCAAGGCUCCUAAGAUCCAGCGACUAGUGACUCCUCGAGUUCUGCAACAUAAGCGCAGACGCAUUGCUCUAAAGAAGCAGCGCACUCAAAAGAACAAGGAGGAAGCAGCAGAAUAUGCGAAGCUCUUGGCCAAGAGAAUGAAGGAAGCCAAGGAGAAACGCCAAGAGCAGAUUGCGAAGAGACGCCGGCUUUCUUCAUUGAGAGCUUCUACAUCUAAGUCUGAGUCAAGUCAGAAGUAAAGAUGUACAUGAUAAUAAAAAUAAACCAUUUUGUGGUUAACUUUCA